AAAGGAGCAAGCCAAAGAUAAACACGUAGCCAGACGAGCAGGGUAAAUUUAUUACAAAUACUCUGGAGAAACAACUGAAAUGGAUUAACCUGCUAUUUUACGGACAUUUUGACAGUUAAGGAAUCACCCCGCACACCGAUUAAAGAGCCAGACCUCCGCAGAAAACAGCACAGUGUCGUUUCUCUUACUGUAGCCACAAUGGUGCGAGCAGCCUUGGUGACGGCCACCAGUCUGAUACUGACUGGGGCUGUGGUGGCACAUGCUUAUUUCCUUAAACAUCAGUUUUACCCAACGGUGGUCUACCUAACCAAAAGCAGCCCCAGCAUGGCGGUGCUGUACAUUCAGGCCUUUGUGCUGGUGUUUCUCCUGGGAAAGUUCAUGAGGAAAGUCUUUUUUGGACAGUUAAGAGCAGCAGAAAUGGAGCACCUUAUCGAGCGCUCCUGGUAUGCUGUGACUGAGACGUGCUUGGCCUUCACUGUUUUCAGGGAUGAUUUCUCCCCUCGCUUUGUCGCACUGUUCACUCUUCUGCUGUUUCUUAAGUGCUUCCACUGGCUGGCCGAAGACCGUGUGGACUUUAUGGAAAGGAGUCCAAACAUAUCCUGGAUUUUUCACCUCAGAGUAUUAUUUCUCAUGGCACUGUUGGGAGUCUUGGACUUUCUGUUUGUCAACCAUGCCUGUCACAGCAUCGUCACCAGAGGAGCUUCUGUCCAGCUUGUUUUUGGAUUUGAGUAUGCCAUACUGCUAACAAUGGUGUUGACAACCUUCAUCAAGUACAUUCUGCAUACCAUCGACCUGCAGAGUGAAAAUCCCUGGGACAACAAGGCUGUCUACAUGCUCUACACCGAGCUCUUCACUGGUUUUAUCAAAGUACUGCUGUAUAUUGCCUUCAUGACCAUCAUGAUUAAAGUCCAUACUUUCCCCUUGUUUGCCAUCCGUCCCAUGUAUCUGGCUAUGAGGCAGUUCAAAAAAGCUGUAACCGAUGCCAUUAUGUCUCGGAGGGCGAUCCGCAAUAUGAAUACACUAUACCCCGAUGCUACGCCUGAAGAUCUGCAAGCCUCUGACAACGUCUGCAUCAUCUGCCGUGAGGAAAUGGUCACUGGAGCUAAAAAACUACCAUGUAAUCACAUUUUUCACUCGAGCUGCCUGCGGUCCUGGUUUCAGAGGCAGCAGACGUGUCCUACCUGUCGCAUGGAUGUUCUCCGAGUAACCAACAAUAAUCAGACCCCAGCUCCAGCCCAGGCUCCACCUCCUGCUCAAGCAGCACCAGCCAAUGCCCCUGCAGCCCCACCUGCAAAUGCAGCUCCAGGCAUGUUACCCGGCUUUCCUCCUGGGGUCUUCCCCUUCUGGGGUCCUUUUCCUGCAGUUCCGCCUCCUGGUGCAGCGGCAGCAGUCCCUGGUGCUACCGAUGCACCGCAAGGCAGCUCAGAUGCUGCCCAGGCAACUGCCGGUGCCAGCCAACCCGCCUCAUCUACUGCAGAUACAGCAACAGCAGCUGUUCCUCCAGCAUCAGCAAUCCCAGCCUUCCCAUUUUCCUUCCCACCUCCUCCUCCUCCAUUCCCUACUGCACCAUGGCUACCUAUGCCACCACCUCCUCCCUUUAUGUCAUCAAUGCCGCCGCCUCCUCCGUCUCUGUCCAGGCUGUCGGAGGAAGAGCUGAGGGAGUUGGAGGCAGAAGGCCGGCGGGGCCUGGAGGCCAGGCUCCAGUGUCUCCAAAACAUCCACACCCUGUUGGACGCUGCCAUGCUCAACAUCCACCACUACCUCAGCACCGUCGCCACACUGAAUCCUCCUCGGCCUCAGGCCAGUCCCGGAGAAACCAGCGCUACAAACCACUCGGCGUCUUCCACCACAGCUGAGGGGGGUUCAGAGACUCCGGACCAGGAGAACUCGCUCAGCUCGGAGUGCGUGAACGGAGCUGUGGUGUCCUCUCUACCUGCUGACUCCACCUCCGCUGCCUCAGACGUCGAGAGAAGAGAUCAGAUAGACGGAGACGGGGAGGAGGACGGCGAGCCAAACGCCGCAGAGCUGCGACGCCGUCGUCUUCGCAAACUCGAGACGUCCUCAUUGUCAGCGCCCCCGCCGCCAGACAACUAACUAAUCGGCGUGUUCUCCCUCAGACGUGUCCGUGUGAGCCAGCGGUAACUACAGAGAUGGAUAACCUACUGACGGAUGGAUGCAUUGUUUCUUCGCUGCCUCUCUUUCUUGUGGCUUGUGCCCGCCGCCAGCUCAGGGUUCUACUUCAAGGUGGACUCAGACUGACAGGAGAUGUUAACUGCUGCGAUCUUUACUGCUUCUGGACGGUUCUGAAAGUAAUAGCAAGACACCCACCCCCCCCCCCCCACCCCCCAAUAGCUGCUGCAAUAAGUAAGCUGCAGGUGAAACCGCCAUGUUACUUCAAUACGACGUAACUAUUGUCGAAGCAGGACUGUGGAGUGUCAGAAGACUGCGAGGAAUCAUUCAGAAGCAUAACUGCAUGGAGACGGCCGCGGUUUGAGCUGAGCCAACUGGAUUAUUCACGAUGGCUUUUCUUAUUACGUGUUCAUGUCUGCAGCUGCAGGAUGGAAGCAUUGAAGUUACUCCAUCAUGGUGUCUUAAAUUAGGUGCAGGAGCAAUCAUUAGUCACAUCUUCUUGUUUGUUCAGUGUGAGAGACAGUGAUUGUUUUAUUUUUGCUUCUUGUUUCAUGUCGCACAGACCAGCUUCAUAUGCUGCGAGUUCCCACGAAGGCACGUUUGCUUGCAGCUGUUUAGUUUCUCCUCUCAGCAUUCAUCACUCGCUCCUGUUUGUCCACAUUUUGCCACUGCAGAUGUAACAUAUUAAUGGAUUAUUUGAAUGUGUACAUACUGUAUAAAGUUUUACUAGGACAUGUACAUACUGCUGAAUAAACACUUUGAACUGGCC